AUGAGGAACGAGCCGACUGAGCAGCGAAUUUGGGUCUAUGGGAUCUGUGUUGCGGCUUCCCUCGACUUGCCUGUUUUCCCCUCUUUGGCCGAGGACGACGUUGACAUCAUGAUCCCUCUUCCGGGGGACACUGAUCUUCUGGGCGGCGAGUCCCCGUACUGUGGCAGGAGCUUUGAGGACGUUGCCGCUGCCGCCGAAUGCUCGUGGUGGUGCGCUCAGGUCCUCACCUUUGUCCCGCGCAACAACCCUAUGCGCCCAGAGAUUUACAAGUUUGCCUUUUACCUGUAUGGCAGGCUGCAGUUGAUCAAGUCCUCCAUUUGCCGUAUGCAGGGGCAAGGGUCGGAUGCCAACAAGAGAGUCCACCGCCCCGGCGACAUGGUGACGACCCGCCAAGUUCGAGUCCCGGUCGUCGUUGAUCCUUCGCGCCCGGACCUGGUUGUGGAGCACGACUGCGACGUCAUGAUGGUUGACCCGGCCGAGGGCGACGAUCUCGAGGAUGCGGCCGCCAUUGCCCACGACAUCGUGAUCGGGUCUACCUAUGUCACCUCUGACGUGGACCCUCCGGGCCUUGCCAUCCUCGACUCCGGGUGCACCAAAACGAUGCAUGGUACGGCAUGGACCGAGCGCUUUGAGGCUGAACUGGGCAGGCUUGGUCUGAAGUUCAAAAGCCAGAGGCGGAAGCAGCUGUUCAAGGGUGUUGGGCGGCCAGAUCCAGAGCAACCUGGUCAAGAUUUACCUCAUUGGGCUGGCAAAGGUGCACGGCCCUUCAUGGAGGAGCUCGGCACCGUGAUUGACAUCGGCAACGGCCCGCUCCUGAAAACCUCGAAAGGCCACCUGGCAGUGAACCUCCUGGACUUUGACACAAGCAACCUCGAGAACUUUGAGACUCAGGAGACCCUUCCCGAGGACCAGGGCAACAAGCCGCACAGCAGCCAGGAUGUUCCGGAGGAGGAGCCUCGAGUGUAUGGCCCAGGUGACCCUUGCCCAGGGAUGAGCUUGUCCGAAGACGAGAUCUAUGACAUCCUCCAAGCCUACUCCGAAGAUCACCCGGAUAUCCCUGAAGGCUGGCACCCCGACGACUACCACGACCACUUGGCCCAUCUCGAGCUGAUACGUGAGGAGGUCGAUGAUUGGGGGAGAGCGCUUCGAGACGGCGGCCAAGCUCACCACCUUGACGGCGACGUCAAUGAGGACGCCCUCUACUUCGAGAACGAGAUGUCCUCAGUGCAGGCCCCCUUCCCGAGGACUACGAACCGAAAGUCCAAGAAGCUCUCGGCGAUGUCUGCGGCAGUGGACGGCACGGACUUUCAAUGGCGACAGGUGUGUGCGGGCAAGAACCGCGUCUCCUUCAAACCUCCUUUCGGGAAAGUCUGGAUGAAGCAACUCUUUGCGGGGCAGAUGGGUUUGAGCCUUCUGUGUGUCAUGGCGGGAAUGGUCAUAGGUGUUCCGCUCGACAUCCACUCCGGCUGGGACGCUGCCAGCGGCAAGGGCAAGAACAUGCUUGCUCAGGACCUGCGGUUCGAGGACCCAUACGUGACGGCCCUGCGGCACACUGUCGAAGCCAUGCGUGAGGAAGGCCGGCGCGUGCUGAAAGUGGUGAACAAGACCAUCGUGGACAGAGUGCGUCAGAAGAGACAUGUCUUUGUGGAGCAACCUCGUGGUUCUUCGUGGCUUUCCGAACCCGAGCUCUCCGGCGUCCAUGCCCUCAUCGAAUCAGGCGACCUCAUCGUCAUCAAUGCUGCGGGGUGCAUGUUGGGCUACAUAGACCGAGAGUCUGGGCUGCCACACUGUAAACCCACCACUUUCGUGACAACGCUCCUCACUGCGGAGAGUGUGUUCAGCGAAUGCCGCUGCCCUGGAAAUCAUGAGCAUGAACCUCUUCAAGGUUCCAACCGGUGCGGCCGGAGGACAGCACAGGCUGCUACAUGGCCGCCGCUCCUGAACGAGAAGGUGCUGGAGGCGAUCGCUCAACAGGCCAGCGUCGAGGAGUACGCGCACCAGCACGUCCAGGAGACCUUUGCCAACGAAGGUGGCCGAGAGCGACUUCGAGUUCCAAAGAGGCGCCGUCCAGGAAGAGUGUCUGUCUUGGCAGACAGAGACAAUGCACCUCCUGUUUACCUUCGGCCAGGUGACGUUGAGCCCGUGCCUCCGGAUGACGCGACCGACCGCACCCUGGCCGAGCUCAUCGAUGAACCGAGCGCUGGUCAAGGACUACCCUGCGUUGCUGACGGCGAUGACGCCUCCCACCGUGCCAUUAUGACAGGCCAGCUUGGACCAACUUUGAGCAUAUCAGAGCAGGACAGGCGGAGGAAGUGGCUGGAGCUCAGCGCCGACAUCCGGAAGUGCCUUCGUGAUCUACAUGUUCAGUUCAGGCACCCGACCAACACCACGCUCCAGCGGAUUCUUCGACGGCAAGGCGCCAGACCUGAAGCCAUUCGAGGAGUUGAUUUCCUUGCCUGUGAUGCGUGCGGCGAGUCCCACCGCAGAAGGCGACCAAAGCCCGUGAGGCUGCCCGGCAAGUACGAAUUCAAUGCCCAUAUCCAGGUAAACGUCUUCUACUGCAAGGAUGUGCGUGCCCAGCUGUUCUCCUUCCUGAAUGUGAUUUGCGAGGCUACCGGCUUUCAGGUGGUUUCUUGCAUGGGUCUUUCCCAAGGUCCGCCUGCUGCUCGUGUGGUGCUUAGGCAUUUCCUGACUUCCUGGUCCUCUUGGGCCGGCUUACCUGGAAGCCUUCAAGUCGACAGGGGCAAGGAGUUCAUGGCCCACUUCGCCGACUACCUUAAGUCCUUUGGCGUAGAGCAAGUUGAGAAAGCAGGCGGUUUAUGGAAGGACAUCUUCGCCAAGGUCGUCCACGAGAUACGAGAUGCAGCUGAACGGGAUCCAGGACGUUACCACUGCGACGGCCAUCGUCACUCAGACAAGGAACGGGUUUCCCCGUUCGUCGGGUUACGCUCCCAACCAGUGGGUCCUGGGCAGACAACAAAUGCGGCUCCCCGGCAGUCUGCUGAAGCCGAGCGCCUUGAAGUCUUGGAAGCCGCCGAGGACCCAAACUCAGCUAUGGCCAGAUCGCUUGGCAUUCGUGAAGCCGCCCGUGUCGCACAGGUCCGAAUGGACACAGACAGCAGAGUAAGACGAGCUCUACUGCACCAAAGCACCCCCACAAGAGGUCCAUACCCUGUGACCUCGUAUGUGUACUUUUACAGGCAGCAAGCUCCUCCUGGAACCGGUCGGGUGUACAAGUGGCAUGGCCCGGCAAGGGUCACUGGAGUGGAACUUCGCAACCAGCGAAGGCUUGAAGACCCGGACCUUCCGACUGAGGGAGGCCAACCGCACUCUUACUUGCGCUAUGGCAACUCCGAGGACCUGGUUACUGGCGAGCAGCUGCGCUUUGCAAGUGAGGCGCUCGCGGCUAUGUGGACCUGCGUGCUCAACCUCUCGCACCUCCACCUGACGAAGACCGAGAAGCACGACCUUCACAAAGGCCCCGGGUUGGUGGAUCCAUGGCUUCUGUUCCUGCCUCAGCUCUUGUCCCCGGCACUGACAUACCUGUCGUCCAUGGACUUCUGCCACCUUUACCUGAAGGAUGUGACGGCGGUCUACUUGAUGAAGUGGGCCGACAGCAAGUUCCUCAAGAACCACCGCAGAUUCCAAGGACGGGCGAGGGGAGACAGACAGCAUUCGCACAUGUCGACAGACCCGGAACCACAUCCGACACCAGUGUCUGCACCGGCUCUACCACAUAUACCACCAGCACGGGAAGCACAGCUACAGCCAAGCCUUGAUGCACACCAUGUACCUCCAGCACAGCCAUCUCAAAGCAUCUUCCAAGACCCAAAUCGGCUUGACGGAUAUGUUCCUGUUCGUUCCUCUGCCCGAUCGGCUUCCAGCACUGAGACGCCGUACUUCACUGAGGACCUCCUGUGGGACAUCGAGCCUUUGACACGGACAGUCCGAGAGAGUCGGCUUCGCAGAAUGGUCGAUGGCAUCGAGGAGUACGAGAUCGACUCUGAUGACGAGGGCGACUCGGACUUUGCGUACCUGUGCCCUGCAGAUGUGUUCCUGACCGGCAAGACUGUUCGUUCCGAGAUCAAGCUCAAGGACCUUAGCCCCGAGAACAAGGCCAAGUUCCUCGCCUCCAUGGAGAAGGAGUGGACCUCAUGGAUGAAGUUCAAUGCUGUGGAGAUCCUGACGCCAGCUCAGAUCCUCGCCUUGCCGGGUGAUAUCCGCAUCAUUGGUACACGGUGGGUGCAUACGGACAAGAACCAGAAGCAGCGCCUUUUGGCAAAACUCGCGACGAAGUCCCGCUUGGUUGUGCAGGGCCACCAAGAGGAUGCAUCAGACCUCCGCACGGACUCGCCAACGGCAUCACUCCUGGCCUUUAACCUCGUGAGUGCCGUCGCUGUCCUGAACGGUUGGGAAGUGCUGGCUGCGGACGCGUCCACCGCCUACCUUCAAUCCCAGGGAAUAAGCCGCUUGCUUAUUCUCCGCCCUCCGAGGCCGCCUCCUCCUGGACUUGGGCCGAAUGACCUCCUGAGAGCAAAAGGAUCCAUCUACGGCACCAAAGAUGCAGGCCGUUCCUGGUGGAAGAGACUUUACAAAUCUCUCCGUCAGAAUGGAUGGCGUAUGUCCGCCAUCGAACCGGCACUUUUCAUUCUGGCUGAUGGUCCUUCUUUGCUUGGAGUGCUCAUUACCCAUGUUGAUGAUAUCUACGGCUGUGGGGAUGGGGAGGCGUACGACAAGACCCUCAAGGAGAUGGAACAAGAGCUCCAUCUCACGAUCAAGAAGGGCACCUUCCGGUUCUGCGGGAAGAAUAUCCAGCAGAAGGACGGGAGCAUCUUUCUCGACCAGAUGGACUCCAUCGAGGGCAUCGAUUACCUGGUCCUCCCGACCGAGAGGCGCAAGAACGUGAAUGGCCUGCUCACCGACACCGAGAAGUCUGCCUUCCGUGGGCUUAUCGGCCAGAUGGGGUGGGUCGUUCGGCAGUCACGCCCAGACCUCAUGGUCAACGUCAGCGUGGCCGCACAGGCCAUGGGUGCUCCGAGGAUCAGGGAUGUUGUUGCUUUGAACAAGGCAGUGAAACUCCUUAAGGACUCCUCCGAGCACAAGUGGUGCUUCAGGAAGUGCAGCUUCAAGCUCGAAGAGGCCGUCGUCUUCUCCUUUGCGGACAGCAGCUUCGCCAACGUGGAAGGUGGCAAGUCCCAGUGCGGCUACGUUGUGGGUUUGACAACCAAGGACAUCUUCGAUGGUGACCAGGUGCCAAUCCUCGUCUUGGAGACCUACUCUGGCAGCAUAAAGCGGGUGUGCCGCAGCACCUUGGCAGCUGAGGCCAAUGGCUUUCUUGCGGGCACUGAGGCGGCAGAGUACCUGAGGAUGCUCUUGAUGGAGCUUGUGCACCCGGACACCCCGAUCCGCGACUUGGACAACCACUACUUGAAGGAGAAGAUUGCUAUGUUCACCGAUGCACGGAGCUUGGAGCAGUCCAUCAACAAGGACACCGGCCAGCCGGCGGACAAGAGGGUCCGCAUCCUGCUCGCCCAGGUCAAGGAGAUGAUCGGGGAGAACACGUUCGAAGACGAUGCCCCGGCCUAUGCCUCUUGGGUGGACACGUCGCAGAUGCUGGCAGAUGUGCUGACUAAAGAAGGGUGUGACCGCGAGCCACUUUUGUAUGCCCUCGCCGAAGGCGUAUGGCAAUUGAAAGCCUCCAAGGCCGCUCAAGAGAAGAAGCUCUUGAUCCGAGCUGGGAGGCACUCUCGAAAAGCCGCCCGCUCGCGAGCCGAGGACGAGUGUUGA